GCAGCCGUCUGAUCGUCUCCCAAUUUCCAUUUUGCCGAGGUUGGAGCAGCAGCAUUGAGAUGCUGGCCGCUGGACCCUUCCUUUUAUGCAUGGGUGCCGUCGUGGUGGUCGUCAUCGCCAUGAAGGUGUGCUUCCGUGCCCUCGUUCACGCUGUUCACGACCAUGCCGCCUUCCGCGAUUUGGUGCACAACGUCACCGGAGAGCUCACGGUGGUGGGCUGCAUCUACCUCGUUGUCAAGCUCUGCCUCGUUGUCGGGAUUGUCGCUCACGACAGCGCCGCAUUCAGCGCGCUCGAUGCCGCCGACCUCGUCGUGUUUUCCAUUACACUGUCCCUGGCCAUUCAUGUGUUUCUCGUGCUCUUGUGUCUUCGCUCGCGGAACAAGGUCAUGGACGUGCUCUUCCUCCGCAGCCCCAUGGACGUCCUCACGGCCGCCGCUGCGUCGUUGGUACGGGCGCGGCAUCGAUCGUCGCUUGCCCAGCUCUACGCCGCGCGACACCACACCCGUCAGCUGCACCUCAAGGCCCUCGAGCACUAUUUCCUCGGCUUGUACGACCUUCCGCCAUGCUUUUCGUUUGCUGCGUAUAUCCGCGCUAUUCAAACGCGGCACUGUGUCACACAUAUCCUCCAAAUCGACGCGUGCACGUGGCUAGUCCUCCUGUUUCAACUGUGUCUCAUCUUUCCAUGGGACCUCUUGCCCCCCAAUGACGACAACUCUGUCCUUCCCGACAGCCUGUGCAUCUUUGCCGCAUUCACAGCAGUGCUGACCAUUUCAGCGCUGACACUGCACGUGUACUUGGCCCAUGCCCUGAAUUCGCUCUUCCAGCAUGUGGUGGGCAAGCAGGGCGAAGCGAUGGAGGCAGUCCGCCGGUUGACCUCCCAACAAGUCUACGCUGUCGUGGAGGAUGCCGUCAAUGUCGAAGGAGACAAUCCAUCGGCUGCGUACUGGUGUCCUGAUAAACAGGGGCAGCAGCGCAGCGCCACACAGUGCGCCACGUGGAGUGGAACGGCGCUGCACCCGCGGACGAUCCAACGGUGUGUCCGACUUGUAGUCGUGACAAAUGCCUUACUGGUCGCAUUGCUGUGGACGGUGGUGGUUCCUACAGCCCAUGUCAGAGGAGGAGUAUGGAUAGCCCUUGCCCUAAGCAUUCCGUUGGGCGUGAAUUUGCUCGUCUUGGCAGCGGAAGUAGUCCAUAACGCGGCGAUUAUCCAAGGGGUGUGGUAUGUCGACCGGGAAACCUUUCGCGAUGCCAUCGAGCGUACCGAAGAGAUGGAGAUGCUGAAGAUGCAUGUCAUUUCCCAAAUGCAGGUGUACAUGUGGGAGCACCGCCUAUCUCCGCAGGACCUCGUAGUCCUCGUACGGGAUGUUGCUGGAAGCAGUGACAGCUUUGUCCAUGUUCACGUCCUGCGCGGCAUCCUGCAAUCGAUAUUUCAUUUGCAUGUGACCAAGCACAAGCUCAAGACGCUCCUUCAACUCACAUGUAGCAUGAAGAGCGGCUCCCGAUUCAACAUCAUGGACUUGAUUGCCCUCUUGGACGCGCAAGGACACCACGGCAGCGGCGCCGACUUGGAGUUUUUUCUCUGA